UGUGGAGCCGGCGCUGGCUCCGGCGAGACAGUGGGAGUGGAGCUGAGGCAGCAGGUGGCGGUGGGGGCCGGGCAGACCAUGGCCUCGGGACAGCUCUGGUCCUCGAUCCUUAGCUUCCAAGGCCAGCCUGGGCCCCCCAGCCUGGGCCCCAACUUGCUGCUGCUGCUGCUGCUGCUGCUGCUUUCAGCUAGUCCCAUGGACCCCCGAACCCUGAAGCCGUCUCUGUCCCCAGUGCUGCAGAACCAGCCCUUCCUGGUGGUAUGGAAUGCUCCCACCUCCCGCUGCCGUACUGCCUUUGGUCUGCCCUUGCCCCUUGAGCCCUUCGGUGUGGUAGCCAAUGACCAGGAGGCCUUUGCGGGGGGCAACAUCACCAUCUUCUACCAGCAUCAGCUAGGGCUGUACCCACACUACCAGGCAGCUCCAGCUCCAGUGCCUCUGCCAGUGCAUGGGGGCUGCCCCCAGAACGCCAGCCUCCGUGCCCACCUGGAUGCCAUGGAACGUGACCUGGAGGCCGCCAUCCCCUCCAGGGCCUUCUCUGGCCUUUCUGUCAUUGACUGGGAGACCUGGCGUCCUCUCUGGGUCCGAAAUUGGGACAAGAAGGGGGUCUACCGCACCAUGUCUGCUCAUCUGGUUCGCCAGCGCUACCCCAGCUGGCCCCAGGGUCGGGUGGAACUCCAAGCUCAAUGGGAGUUUGAGACAGCAGCUGCCCGCUUCAUGUCCGAGACACUGCGACUGGCGAGGGCACGGAGACCCGGGGGUUGGUGGGGCUACUACCUCUUCCCUGACUGCUACAACUACCACUAUUGGGAGGACUUUGAAAACUUCACGGGGCAUUGCCCGGGCAUCGAACGACAACGCAAUAAUGCCCUGCUCUGGCUCUGGGAGCAAAGUCGGGCCCUCUACCCCUCCAUCUACCUGGAAGAGGUACUUCAGGGUUCGGCCCAGGGUGAGCGCUUUGUGAGGGCCAAAGUAUGGGAGGCCCUGAGGGUGGCUGAACUGCCCCCUUCCACCAGCUACUCGCUGCCUGUCUUUGUCUACGCCCGACCCUUCUACUCCUAUACCCUGAAGGAGCUGGCACAGGUUGACCUGGAACACACGAUUGGUCAAGCAGCUGCCAUGGGAGCCCAAGGAGUGGUGCUCUGGGGGGAAGCCGACUACGCCAGGAACCAGAGCACCUGCCUCAAGAUGCGGCACUACCUGCUGAGCAGACUGGGCCCGUACGUGCUCAACGUGACCACGGCCGCUGCUCUGUGCAGCCGGACCCAGUGCCACGGGCACGGGCGCUGCCGCCGUCGGGCCCCCGACUCGCCCUCCUACCUGCACCUGGAGCCCAGCACCUUCCAGAUCCACGUGGCCACGGCAGCCAACCACACGCGGGCUUCCAUUCGAGGCCGGAUGGGCCCCCGGCAGCGCCAGGCCCUGGCCAGAGACUUCAUCUGUCACUGCUACCAGGGCUGGCAGGGGGACGGGUGCCAGGAAAGCAACUGGGCCGGGGGGGCGCCGUCCCUGUCCCCGCUGCUUCUGGCCGCUGGCCUCGGAGGGCUCUGGCCAUGGACGCUGUGGCCUCUCCAGUUACCUUAGGAAGUGGGGAGCACACGAUUCCCUCCCCGCCUCCGCUCCCGAAAAUAAGGUCUCCGAAGCUAAAGGGAGGAGGAGGCGCUCUAUGGAAGAGUGUUCAAGUCUAAAAACCCGGGUGCGAAUUCUGCCUCUGCGGGGGGGGGGGGGGCGCCUCACCUCCCCAAGGGAGGCGGCUGGGCGAGAAGAGCCAAUGAGCCUCCAUCCAGCCCCCACCCAGAACUCUGGGACCUUCUGCCUAUGUCACGGGACUUAGACCUCGAAGGUACCUUAGACACCACCUAGUUUCCCGCUGCUCCAGAUAAGGGUACUGAGGCGAAAUCGCUGUGCUCAAGCCCCUUCCAACUCUUCCAGCGCCCGGAGGACAAGGCUCAGGCCCGAGGCUUUCUGGUCACCUCCCCAUCCCCCCGGCUCUCCCCCCUCAGGCCUCCUCCCUGGCAUGGCCUGGAAGCAGGCCCAGCUCGUGCCAGGGGCAGGGCUGUGCCCAUCUGUUGUGUGUCCUCUGUCGUGCCGUGUGUCCGUCUGCCUCGUCUGUGAUCAAUGGUGCUAGUGACCCCCAGGGUGUGGCCUGAGAAACUCGGGGGGCCAGAGGGCCCCUUCCCACCCCCACGGGCCACUCAGAAAAGUCCAAUAAAGUGUUUCCGGAAG